UUGAUCCGCAUUGCUGACAUUGGCCGUGUUUUUUGCUAAGCUAGCUGGCUGCUAAGUGCAGGAAUCAUUAAAAAAUGGCCGAUUUAUCGGCUUUUAAAAAUGAACUGUCGCUCAUUGUGACCGACCUGGCCAAAGCGGUGCUGACGGCGACUUUAACCGCGAUGGAUAAAGUCUCUGCGAACAAACAAAACCCCCAAACCGAGGACAAACUCAGCACUCUGGUGGACAGUUUGUGUGUCCAGGCUGUUGAUAAAAUAUUGACGAUGGUUGAGCUGGCUGCUGAGAAGCAGGAGGAGACUCCAGGAGACCUGCAGGAUCCACCAGGAGACCCAAAAGAUCCACCAAAAGACCUGAAUGAUCCACCAGGAGACCCAAAAGAUCCACCAGGAGAUCUGCAGGAUCCACCAGGAGACCUGCGGGACUCACCUGAGUCUGAGGAGAGCAGCGAAUGUUUAACGAAAAGGACAGAAGGUGGAGGUGGUGGAGGUGGAGGUGAGCGUCCCCCCACAGGACAGACCUACGUCCUGCUUUAUCAGGGCGCUGCUGCCGGCGCCAAGUCUCUGCUGCUGUCACUGCAGGGUCCGGAUAACGCUGACGGAGAAGAUAAAACUGUCUCCAUGGACGUGACGCGUGAAACCACCGCCUCCCCUCCCCCGCGGGCUGAUGUCUCUGACCACGAGUACGCCCGUCUGCCGCCGCCGCUGCCCGCAAUCUCAGCAUGCAGCAGGAAACAGCGCUGCAGUAGCGACAAGAAAAUAGAGCCCAUCAGGCCUCCGACGAAGACGCCAGAUGUUCUGUGCCAGUGUUUGCAGUGCGGGAUGCUGUUUCCAAACGCAGAGCGCCUCUUGGACCACCACAGGAGGUCUCACCCGGUGUGCUCCGUGUGCGGGGCGGAGCUAACCAGCACCGUGAAACUGCGUGAACACUUGAUCAGAGAGCACGGGCAGCUUCCGCACGGCUGCGACUACUGCCCCAAGAGGUUCAACCACAAAACUCACCGCGACCUGCACGUGAAGGCGCGGCACACCGGCGAGAAAACCUGCCACUGCGACAUCUGCGGGAAGGGCUACUCCUGCGUCAGCAUGAUGAAGACACACCGCAUGACCCACUUCGAGAAGACGUUCACCUGCGACGUCUGCAGCAAGAGCUUCUACCACAGCGGCCACCUGAAGCGCCACAAACUGAUGCACCAGGAGGUCCGGCCCUUCCAGUGCUCCACCUGCGGGAAGGGCUUCAACCAGGCCGCCAACCUGCGCACGCACCAGGCCAUCCACACCGGAGAGAGGCAGCUCUGCUCCAUCUGCGGCAAGAGCUUCCGCUUCCUCAAGAACCACGUCAUCAGCAAACACUCGCACGAGCUGCCCACCGACGAGCUGCCCAACGGAGACGCCAUCAUCACCUGCGAGGUGUGCGGCAAGAGGUUCCCCCACCCGUCGCUCUUUAAGAUUCACCACCGGAGCCACACGGGGGAGAAACCGUUCCCCUGCGACGUCUGCGGGAAGAGUUACCGUCUGCGGCAGCAGCUGAGGGACCACAGGUACACCCACAGCGGCGAGAAACCUUACAAGUGCACGCUCUGCUCCAAAACUUUCAACCUGUCCACCAGCUUCAUGAGGCACCGCAGCAUCCACAGCGGAGAGACGCCCUACAGCUGCCCGGACUGCGGAAAACACUUCCGCCUCUUCACCUUCCUCAAGGCUCACAUGCAGACCAAAGCUCACCUGAAGCAGGCGCAGCAGAGGCAGACCGCCACCUCUGACCUCUGACCUCAGGUACACAUACACUACACGGCCAAAAGUAUGUGGACAGCCCCACAUGCCCUCCAUAUGUGACACGUUAAUAAACAUAAGUGAUUUUGGUGCAGUGUCCCUUUAAUAGAGAAGCAGAGGGUUGUUCUGUUUCAUUUAUGUUUCUAACAGCAGGUUAACAGUCGAAAAGGUGAAUAAAUCUGUUGCACAAGCAUGAAGGUGGGAUUAACUGUUGUAUACAUCCUUUAAUCUGACCUGGGGUCUGCAGAGAAACACACAAACAGAGUGAGAGUCAACACCAGGUGGAAAACAGCCUCUUCACUCGCUGGGUUACCAAAAGGAGCAUCAAUUACCAUUUGACCGACUGCAGCAAAUAAGACCAUUUUAUUCAUAAAACAUUUCAUACUCAGAGGUAUUCUCAGGGUGCUGUAAAAAACGAAUAAAAACAAUACAAAAGAACAAUUAAAUUCAAAGUGAAAACAAUACAAUUAUAAAAAGAGGGACAUAGAGAGAUCAGUAAAAGAAUAAGCAAACAGUAAAAGAUCAUUUAAAAGAUCUGAAAUAAUGUGACCAUAAUAAGGUCUUUGGUUUUAAAAGCAUUUUUUCUAAUACCUUCAGACAGUUGGAUCCAUCGCUGUGCUGCACAAUGAAUAAAAAAUGCUUCUCACAAAAACAACCACAAAAACAUGCGUAAUGACUAUAAAGAGACCCAAAAUUACUACAAGGGUACACAAAAUAACUACAUGGAGACACAAAAUGACUACAGGAAGACACAAAACAGAAAGAGACACAAAACAACAGAUG